AUAUGUGCAAACAUCUUGUCAACGUGAGAAUAGUUAAGGAAUGUAAGAUAGCAAUAAUUUUUCUCUCAUCUGCCAGGCGAGUAGUCCCGCCUCCAGAGUUACACCAUUGGUUGAGCCAGUGUUGAUGUGUUGGGCUCGUCAGGAUGCUCAAACAAACAAAGCACUGUUUUGAAAGCACUACAGUGUUUACAUUUUUCAUGGAAAUGAACUGUAAUGGCUUGCUUACAGCUGGCCGCACAUUAACUUGAGAAACUAUUUUAAAAUAAAAAGACCCACUUUAACUUUAAUUAGCAACAUUGUCCUUAUCUGAACCAUUGCAUGCCAUAUAUCCAGAGGAUAUGUUCUGUAUGCUGUUCCUUCAGUCCUGCAUACUCCAGGCUUUAAAAGGACAUAUUGUUUGGAGAACACUGUCUGUCACCAGACUCAUGGGCAUUAGUCAAGGUACUUCGGCCAAAUAAAUGAGAGUUGAAAAAUAUUGCGUAAGCUUUCUGUACUCAGACAGGCUCAUCGUUUUCUUUCUCAACAAAUACUGUGACUGUCCUAAUUUCUUAAAACUAAGACAGGUCUCGUGGAUGGAUAAAACCCCUACCUUGGUAGCCUGAGGCUGAAGACAUGCACAAUAUGACAGAGAAUCCUGAUAAUGUUUUCUCAGUAGAAGCCCAAGGAGAAUCCAUUCCUUUUCCCUGUGUUUGAGUGAUCCUAAUAAAAUGCCAUAGUCCUGAUUAGACAAGCCUCAUCCAACAAACAUUUUGAUUUUGCUUUUCUUGUUUCUCAUUCAGAAUAUUUAAAACAUGUCAUACAGGCAUAAACAUAUUCCUAUAAUGAGCAAAAAAAAAAGUUAUCCACUGCAGAAAAGCAGUAUAGUUUAAAGGUUUAUGGUUUGAUCACUGCCUAGAUACAUUUUCUAAUAUUAGAACGUUUGCUUGAUUUGCCCCAGCUUCUCUGGUGAUUCUUGAGCACAUGGCCAUAUGCUGCCCAAUAGGAAUACAGGAUUACCUUUUCCCUUCUGUAGCAACAGUGAGUUUCCUGCCUCGAUUCAUUAAUUAUUUUGUGCUCUGCCUUGGUCACAAUGUUUUGCAAACUGCUCUGCUCAGACUGAAUAAAGGGGAGGAAAGGAUGCAUACAAAUCCGUCAGCCGCCGUCCUACAGUUUAAGCCAUUUGCUUGACUGUAAAGAUGAGGAUUUCUCUCAGCAGAACUUUUAGUUUUAGCACUCAGACUCAGAAUGGACUUUUUCUUUUUUCCUGAAAGAACUCCGUCUUACAGUUCAGUAGCAUUACAUGAAAUACUUUAGUUAUAAUGAUGAAAAGGCGGAAAGGGGGAUGACGUGUUUCGGAGGGGGUGUUUCGGUGGUGUGAGGAUUGCGGGCUGUGGUUGGGUAUGUCAGUGCCACGUGUCUGCGCUUGCACCUCUCUUCUCCACACAGAUGAUGUCGGACUGAGACCCUAGUGCGCCUGGUCAAAGUGGGUCUUCACGUUACACUGGGAGGAUCACAUCUUGAGAGGGAAUGUUGAGCAACCUGCUAUAAGACGACACCAGCUGAUUUGGCAAAAUAAAUCUGUGAAGGACUUCAUUCUUUAUUUCUUUUCCGGAGCCUGAAUGAGCAUGCUGCAUUCCCUCUGUUCCAUCAUUUGGUUGAACCGUGGGUUCAAGUUGAGAAAAGUGGCCUGCUCGGCCAACACCGGUCAGGUCUAAGCCGUUGCUACCGCGCAUGCCUGUUUAUGAGCUCCGGUCAGAAGUGCUUAGCUUUUAACCGAACGUCCGACGGUACGACACCAUUCGCACCCUCGCAAAGUUUCAUCCCCAAUCCGACGCUCUUCUGCCUGGGGUGAUUGCCAGUUCAUACUCUGAAGAUGGCUGCCGAUGGCUUCCAGUACAGAUCUCUGUACUCCUACUCUAAGGACUGGGAGGAUGACAUUGACCUUGAGCCUGGUGAUGUCCUGACGGUCGACCAAGCGUCUCUGCUGUCACUGGGCAUCAAAGAGGGUGAGGAGGAGAACCCAGAAUGCAUUGGCUGGAUCUUGGGCUUUAACGAGCGAACCAAACAGAGGGGAAACUUUCCAGGGACGUACGUGCAGUAUGUGGGACCUGUGAAAAUGUCAGUGCUGUCCUGCCAGCCUCGUUCUCAGAGACCGCUUCCUGCUGUUCCCAGACCUGAGCCAACAGCCUCCUCGCAGGUUGCUGCAGUCCUGGACUUGACCAAACAGUUCACACAGGCGGAAACUGCUCCUCCUAAUCUUAUUAAGUUGGUCGAAGCAAUUGAGCGGACAGGUCUGGACUCUAGGACACUAUACAGGACAUCUACUGCUUCAGCUUCUGAGAGACAAAGCCUCGCUGAGCUGCAGGAGUUGGACGUGGGACAGUGGGACAUUUAUGUCCUCUCGGAGGCACUCAUUCAGUACCUGCAGGAACUUCCUGCCCCCAUCAUCCCUCCCUCUGUUUUUACAGAGCUUCAGGCAGCAGUGCAGCUAGAAUCGGACGUCCCGUCCACGAGGAGACGAGAGCAGCUGCUGCAGGUGCUGGAGAAGCCUGAAGUUCCACCGCAGAACCUCCUGACGCUGCAUUAUUUGCUCAGACAUCUGGAGAAGGUUUGCCAGCGCGCCGAGCAGAACGGCCUCGACAUUCACACCCUCGGCCAAAUCUUUGGCCCUCUGCUGAUCAGGGGCCCUGUGAGCGGGUCAGAGGAAGAUGAGGGGUUUCCUGCGGUUGCAGUUGAGAGACUUCUUUUGGAGAGAAUUUGGGAACAAGAGCCGACUCCUCCCGCUCUCCCUCCUAAACCGCCCAAAGCCAAAGCCAUGGCCUCAUCUGUGACCAAUGGAAACAACAGCUUACUGAGUGAAGCUGAAUGGUACUGGGGAGACAUUUCAAGAGAGGAGGUGAAUGAGAAGAUGAGAGACACUCCUGAUGGGACGUUCCUGGUGCGGGACGCAUCAAGCAAAGUGCAGGGAGAGUAUACCUUGACCCUCAGGAAAGGAGGCAAUAACAAACUGAUCAAGGUUUUUCACCGCGGGGGGAAGUAUGGCUUCUCAGAGCCUCUUACUUUUCUCUCUGUGGUGGAGCUCAUCAACCACUACCGGCAUGAGUCACUGGCCCAGUACAACGCCAAGCUGGACACUCGCCUGCUCUUCCCUGUGUCUAAAUAUCAGCAGGAUCAGGUGGUGAAAGAGGACAGUAUCGAGGCAGUGGGAGAGCAGCUGAAGGUUUAUCACGAGCAGUAUCAGGAGAAGAGUCGUGAAUAUGAUGUACUGUAUGAAGAAUACACACGCACAUCACAAGAGCUCCAGAUGAAACGAACAGCCAUAGAGGCCUUUAAUGAGACCAUCAAGAUCUUUGAGGAGCAGUGCGAGACCCAGGAGCGCAUCAGCAGAGAAAGCAUUGAGAAGUUUCGCAGAGAAGGCAACGACAAGGAGAUUGAGAGAAUUCAGAGCAACUCUGAGAAGCUGAAAUCCAGAGUGACAGAGAUUCAUGACAGCAAGAGGAAGUUGGAGCUGGACUUGAAGGGACAAGCUACAGACAAUCGAGAGAUAGACAAGAGGAUGAACAGCUUGAAACCAGACCUCAUACAGCUGAGGAAGCUACGCGACCAAUACCUUGUAUGGUUGACUCAGAAAGGCACCAAACAAAGGAAGAUCAACGACUGGCUGGGUAUAAAGAACGAAUCAGAGGACUUCUAUUCUCUGUUGGAUGACGAUGACGAUCAAGCACAUCACGACGAGUGCACCUGGUACGUUGGGGACAUCAAGCGCACACAGGCGGAGGAUCUCCUGAGAGGCAAACGAGACGGCACCUUCCUCAUCAGAGAGAGCCAGACCCAGAAGGGCUCCUUCGCCUGCUCUGUAGUCGUGGAUGGAGAGAUCAAACAUUGUGUGGUUUACAAGACGGCCACCGGUUUUGGAUUUGCUGAGCCCUACAACCUUUACGGUUCCUUGAAAGACUUGGUCCUGCACUACAAACACACCUCUCUGGUCCAGCACAACGACUCACUGAAUGUAACCCUGGCCUACCCGGUCCUCGCACAGCAGCCUAGAUGAGCACCGCCACACGAGACAACCCAGGACACACAUAUAAAGCAUGAUUAAGCACAUUAUAUGGAGCAAACUAUACUAACACCGAACUUUUAUGUUUAUCGUAGAGAACAGAUAAGCACAGUAUAUUAUUAUCGUAAGUAAAUGUACGGCUUUUUUUGUAAGCCCAUAGUUUUCCGUAUAUCAAUCAUAGUCAGCAGCAGUAAUUAUGGUGAGAUCACAGCUACUCUUUAUUUGUUGUCCCAACACAAGAGAGAGGAAAGUAAGGAGAGGAAUGUGUCAUGUGUUUGGUGUUGUAGUCCUGGAUAUUUUCAUUGAGGACACAAGAUGAGGAAUUAACCGAAAAUUGCAGCUGUUGAUAAUCAGUUUGGUAGCUCGCUUCUGCCAACCAUAUAGAUUCCUCUUUAUGUGAGCUGUCCUAUAGAAGAUGUGAAACAAACCUUUUUUUUUUUUUUUAUAUCAGACUUGGUCGAGGGACACUGAAGUCCUUUUAGCUUCAAUUCUGCCUCUUUAAAGCUAGUCGUCAUGGUCAGAAUAAAUAGCCAUCAACAAUUGUGUGCUUUUCUUUGAGAUGGUACACCACAGAGUUGGAAGUCUGGCAUCUUAAUGGUUUCUGUGGGCUGGUAUUGGUGCUUCCUGGUGCUUUAUUUUUGACUCUUGUAACGUGAGAUGAUGCAUAGCUAUAGCGAACAGUUAAGAUCCAGAGCAGAACAAAGGUGAUCCCAAAGUAACAAUGCGCACAGGAGCUUCCACUCGCUUCGAAAGGUUUAAAGAGGCAAAGCAGGUUAUUCAACGGGCACAAAAAUGGAACGGAAAACCCAUUUGUGAUAUAAACCAGGAUAUGAUUAUAGAUUUUCGAGCAGAUUAUCAGGUGGAAUAUGUUAUGUUUGUAAUAGGAAAUGAGUCCUAAUGUUUGUUGGGCGUUUUGUAACUGUACACCCCUUGUGUGUUUCAUCUUGUGACUUCAGCUUUGCUGUGACUCAUAUAGUCAGAUGAUACACUGUUACGUACAUCAUACAGUCAGCUGGAUGAAAAACCUAUAUUUUUAGUGAGUGAUCAAAUGCUUUUUAUCAAGCAAGGACCAGAUAGCAGUUUUAUGUUUGCUGAAUAAGAAACUACUUAAAUGAGACAUAGUUGGAGAUGAAGUGGUUUAAAAGUGCCUUCUGCCCAUGUGUCCUGGAGGAGCUUUCCUGUGAUUGGGGCAGGCCAGAAUGCUUCACUUCAAAUAUAUAUAUAUAUAUAGGCCUACAACCAAGUUAAGCAAGUGCUUAAUUAUAUCAAACGCUUAGAAAGCAUAACUACGCGUGGAGGAUCAUCUCAUUAAACGCAUUCUGUUACAUGCUUUUAAAUAAAACACUUUCUAAUUACAGGUCUGUUGUGAGUAUCAAGAUAAAGAAGACUAUGAUAAAUGAAAGGACCUCUUAUUUGUAGUGUUUAACAUUAGCUUUUAAGCUUUUAAUUAGGUUUGGUCUUAACCAGUAUGCACUUUCAUGGAUGUCAUUUCAUUUGAGGUACCUUUUUAACAACAGGAGUAACUUCAUUCAUUUUACAAGGUUUUGUGUUAAGGCCUGUUUAAACCAAGACAGACAUUCAGUGAGAGAAACAUUUGACUUUGAUUAAACAGCUGACACAUACAUUUGCAUGCUGUCUAUAUGACAGAUUUUUUUUAGGUAUAGGUGUUCUUAAGGGAUAGAACAAUUUCAUUAUUUACUCACUCUCAUGUUGUUUCCAAACAUGUAUGAAUUUCUUUCUUUUGUUGAACACACAAGAAUAUAUUUUGAAAAAAUGUUUGUAACAAAACAUCUGCUGGUAGCCGUUAACUUCUAUGGUAUGUUUAUUCAUAAUAUGGAAGUCAAUGACUAUCGUUAGCUGUUUUAGUUACUGACAUUUUUUGAAAUAUCAUCUUUUGUGUUCAACAGAAGAAAGAAACUCAUAUAGGUUUGGAACUUGAGGGUGAGUAAAUGAUUUUUGGGUAAACUAUCCCUGUAUCCCUUAUCUAUCACACUGCCAAUAAAGCUGGCCAACCAAUAAGAAUUAGACUUUUUAUUCACAUGCCCAGAGCCACUGCUGUUACAUUAAACUGAUUUGGUGGCACUUACAGCCAAUACAGCAUCUGUAGCACAGAAGGGGUUAUUCUUGCUUUUUCAUAAACGCCACCUACUGUCAUGGAGAGAAAUGGCAUUUUCAUUCAGCACUCUUGUUUUUUUACGCAUUGGUUUAAAUAGAAAAAUUUAACUGCAUUUUUGUUCCAGUCAUGGAAUUCAUCUUGGUAUAAACAGGCUUUUUUUUAUUAAAGCUACAUUUAAACAACAAAAAAAACUGCAUCAGUUUUUCUAGAAAAUUAGUUGAUUUAAAAGGCAAGUUGGAAUUAAAACUCAAUCAAAACUAGAAACUUUAAACUAGCCUGAAUCCUUUGCUUUUGACAUCCUCCUUUUAGAUCGAUUCAUUUUCGUUUAUAAAUCUGACACAGAUAUUUAAAAUGAGGCAGGCUUUUGUUUCGUAAGCUUGUUUGUCUGUGUACUCCGGUUUUGUCAUAUCGAUAAGAAGAAGUUUUGCUAUGAUGGUGUGGAGUGGAGCGAGAAAAGAGACACCGGUUAUGAUUCCUUGAAUGUUCUGACUGACCGGCCUUUGUUUCAUUGAGAGCACAGAGAAUGAGACAGAUGUGACCAGUUUGUGUGAGACAAAGCAGUGGAGUAAAAGCCUCUAAAUGCACUAUAGAAGCACAUUUUGAGGUGAUUGUGAGUGACAAUUAAUGAAGCUUGACAGCCUUUAUGAGCAACCGAAAUCGGUUUAGGUACACUUUUUAGUUACAGGCCUGUAGUGUCAGUGUAUGGGUCUGUUCUUUGUCGUUUUUUUUUCUUUAACUCCUUUUUAAAGAGAGACUAAUUGUAUGUCAAUGUUUUUUUUUUCUCUCAUUGUAAGUAAUGACCUUACAGAUUCAAAGAUAAGCUAGCUUGAAUAUCUCUCUUCCAUUCAGUACAAUUACAAAUGUUUACAAUAUCUAAUUAACCAAAUAGAAGAUGUAUUUUCAGACAAGCUCUGUCUGGUCCUGAAAGGAGUCUGUUAGACGGGGUUUCUUGUCUUUUUUUAUUGUGCGUCUGUUGUUUUAAACUUGAAGAUUUUGUUUUUAUUCUCUGUUCACUUUAAACAGUGCUCCCUCACCUCACAUCGUAUUUUCUUCUGAAUAAAAAGGAAGUUUAAUGGUCUUUUAGGUUGCAGCUGUGACCCAGAGCGUGUUUGCAGACAUAUUUCUUUUUCAACUUACAUAUAAUAACUUGUAUGUAACUAACUUCCUUCUAUAGUCUCAGUCAGAGCAAGAGCUAAAAUUAGUAGUUCUUUUUUCCUCUUCCGUCUUUCUACAACAAGAUAUACACUGAAAGGCAAGAUUCAGCAGGGCCAAAUGUUUAAUAGACUUCUGUUUGUGUUCUAUUAUGACUUAGCGUAUGAAAUGCAUUUUUCAUGCAUAGUGGUUAUGACAUAACUAUGAAAGAUUAGUUUGUCACAAUUCUGCAUUUUUUUCUGGCACAUCUGAGGGGGGAAAAAUCGGAAAUGGAAGAUAUAAAUUCAGACUUAAGAUAAUAUACUUGCAGUUGGGAGGAAAAGGUAACUUUUUGGAAUUUAUUUUUUUUAUUCUGUGGUGGAAAUAAAAAACAGAAUUUCGAGAUAUAAAUACACAAUUGCAAGACGUAAAAUUAGAAUUUAUUUCCCUUCAGAAUUGUGAGAUAUAAACUUAAGAGAUAUAACAUAAAUAAAUAUAUAAAGUUACGAGUUUGUCUUACAAUUCAGACAUUUUUUCCACAGAAUUGCAAGAAUUGUGAGAUAUUAACUUUUUUAUGCCUUUGUCCCACAGUGGAAAAAGGUUUCAUACAUAACCACUAAUUAUUCUUUACCUCUUUAAACUGAAUGAUAGCUUUCUGUCUUGUUUCCCCUGAGUGCGUGAAGUGAUCUGUUGAAGAUAAUGCACACCAAAGUGCCAUUAGACAUGGAGGACGGGGGGAGCACUGUUUGUUACCCAGUAUGUUUCUACUGGAUGUGUGUGUGCACAAACUUUAUGUACAUACUUUUAUUUCCUUUCACUACUUCUGUUCUCUCCAAUCUGUUUUUGGGUGCAAAUUUUUCAGUGUACAGUUUGCAUCAGUGUUGUUUGUCUCUCAAACAGGUACAGAAGCAUUACAGAGAUAUGGCUCUUUAAUAGGUAGAUGGAAUUAUUUUUAAGACAAUAAAAAGAUUCUGAGUCUAUUACA